CAGAAAUAAUAGCCACACUCCUCUGGAGUCUGAUUCAUCCACAGCCAUCAUAAAAAGGUCUUUGCAUCAUGUUUGGAAAGAAAAAGAAAAAGAUUGAAAUAUCUGGUCCAUCCAACUUUGAACACAGGGUUCACACUGGGUUUGAUCCACAGGAACAGAAAUUCACCGGCCUGCCGCAGCAGUGGCAUAGUCUGCUGGCAGACACGGCCAACAGGCCGAAGCCCAUGGUGGACCCUUCAUGCAUCACACCCAUCCAGCUGGCUCCCAUGAAGACAAUCGUUCGAGGAAACAAACCCUGCCAGGAAUCCUCCAUCAACGGCCUCCUGGAGGAUUUCGACAACAUCUCGGUGACCCGUUCCAACUCCCUAAGGAAAGAGAGCCCGCCCACCCCGGACCAGGGCGCCUCGGGCCACGGCCCCGGCCACCGGGAGGAGAACGGCUUCAUCACCUUCUCUCAGUAUUCCAGCGAAUCCGACACCACCGCCGACUACACCGCCGACAAGUACCGAGACAGGAGUCUCUACGGAGACGAUCUGGAUCCGUUUUAUAAAGGCAGCCAUGCGGCCAAGCAGAAUGGGCACGUGAUGAAAAUGAAACAUGGGGACGCCUACUAUUCGGACAUGAAGCCUUUGAAAUCCGACCUGGCCAGAUUCCCCAUCGAUUAUCACACACACCUGGACUCGCUGAGCAAACCCGGUGAGUACAGUGACCUCAAGUGGGAGUACCAGAGAGCCUCGAGCAGCUCGCCUCUGGAUUACCCGUUCCAAUUCACGCCUUCCAGAACUGCAGGGACCGGCGGCUGCUCCAAGGAGAGCCUGGCCUACAGCGAGAGCGAAUGGGGGCCCAGCCUGGAUGACUACGACAGGAGGCCGAAGUCAUCGUACCUGAAUCAGACCAGCCCGCAGCCCGCCAUGCGGCAGAGGUCCAGGUCGGGCUCCGGGCUCCAGGAACCGAUGAUGCCCUUCGGAGCAAGUGCAUUUAAAACCCACCCCCAGGGACACUCGUACAACUCCUACACCUACCCUCGCCUGUCCGAGCCCACAAUGUGCAUUGCAAAGGUGGAUUACGAUCGAGCACAGAUGGUUCUCAGCCCUCCACUGUCAGGGUCCGACACCUACCCCAGGGGCCCCGCCAAACUACCUCAAAGUCAAAGCAAAGCGGGCUAUUCCUCAAGCAGCCACCAGUACCCAUCUGGGUACCACAAAGCCACCCUGUACCACCACCCCUCCCUACAGACCAGCUCACAGUACAUCUCCACCGCUUCUUACCUGAGCUCUCUCAGCAUCUCAUCCAGCACCUACCCCCCACCCAGCUGGGGCUCCUCCUCAGACCAGCAGCCCUCUAGGGUGUCCCACGAACAGUUUCGGGCUGCUCUGCAGCUGGUGGUCAGCCCAGGAGACCCCAGGGAGUACUUGGACAACUUUAUCAAAAUCGGGGAAGGGUCGACCGGCAUCGUGUGCAUCGCCACCGAGAAACACACAGGGAAACAAGUUGCAGUGAAGAAAAUGGACCUUCGAAAGCAGCAGAGACGAGAGCUGCUUUUUAAUGAGGUUGUGAUAAUGCGGGAUUACCACCAUGACAAUGUGGUUGACAUGUACAACAGCUAUCUUGUCAGUGACGAGCUCUGGGUGGUCAUGGAAUUUCUAGAAGGUGGUGCCUUGACAGACAUCGUCACUCAUACCAGAAUGAAUGAAGAACAGAUAGCUACUGUGUGUCUGUCGGUUCUGAGAGCUCUUUCCUACCUUCACAACCAAGGAGUGAUUCACAGGGACAUAAAGAGUGACUCCAUCCUCCUGACAAGCGAUGGACGGAUAAAGUUAUCGGACUUUGGUUUCUGUGCUCAAGUUUCCAAAGAGGUACCGAAGAGAAAAUCAUUGGUUGGCACUCCCUACUGGAUGGCACCUGAAGUGAUUUCUAGGCUACCUUAUGGGACGGAGGUGGACAUCUGGUCUCUGGGGAUCAUGGUGAUAGAAAUGAUUGAUGGCGAGCCCCCCUACUUCAACGAGCCUCCCCUGCAGGCAAUGCGGAGGAUCCGGGACAGUUUACCUCCUCGAGUGAAGGACCUACACAAGGUUUCUUCCAUGCUCCGGGGAUUCCUGGACCUGAUGCUGGUGAGGGAGCCCUCUCAGAGAGCCACAGCCCAGGAACUCCUUGGACAUCCGUUCUUGAAACUGGCAGGUCCACCUUCUUGCAUCGUUCCCCUCAUGAGACAGUACAGGCAUCACUGAGCAGAGGAUCCAUACAGGUGACAAAGCCAGAGGAGGACACGAGAAUA